AUGGACGCAUACCCUGAAGACUACAUCAAUCACAACCUGCCUCUAGUUCUUCUAUCAGGACUAGAGGCCGGCUCAGAAGAUGAAAUAAAUCAAACAGUUGAUUAUCCUCUUCUAGCUGAGAACGGCCUCAAGAUAUUCUCGGACUUCCCACCUCUAAGCGGGGCCGUUGCGGAGGAAUUGCGGAGCGUGCUUUUGGAAGAGGAUGCCUCUCAGAAACCCUGGAAAUAUGUGCCUAGCGUAACGGGAACGUCUCUGCAAAUAGGUUACAAGAUAAAGAGCACAGGACGUUCUUAUCAACUACCGCCGCGGAAAGCAGCACCCCCGCAGAGCUCACCACCCACAAGUCCCACCAGUAACCCAGAUACAAAUCCUCCAGAUCCGAAUACAUCGUACAUCCUUCACUCUCCUAUCUCCCCCCUGUCUCCAGGCUCACCCACUUUCCCUGAUGGGCUUCUUACUCCAGCAUGGGUGACGAAGCACCAAGAUCUCGUCCCUGCCGCGGUGAUCAACUUUUUCCCCUUUUCCCUCGAUCCCAAUAUGGACUCACUCCGAGACAAUCAAUUGAAAAUUGAAAUCAAUGGAUUGAAAAAUGAAUGGGCGGCUUCCGGUUUCAAAACAAGGUUCUUAGUUGUUUUGAUAUCGGAAGAGGGCGACGGGGGCAUCGUCGGGGAAAUUGAUGAUCGCAUAGCGGCAAUCCGACGAUCUACCAAUCUUGAUGAGAAAUCUAUCUUUAUAAUCCCACCGGACGCCAUAUCGACAGAAUUGAAGGAAUUCGCAACCUCUUUGUUUUCACUGUUGCAACCAUCGGUGGUGGAAUACUAUCGGGAUCUGUCAAAGCAUGCUCGGCGCAAGCGGAAUAGGGGCAACAUUCCCCCGCCAACUGCACCUCCAACGAGCGGCACAUCUCAAACGCUAUCAUUUCAAGGGUGGAAUGCUCGGUAUGAAUUUAAACUUGGAAUUUUUGCCGAGUUUCGGCAAGAGAUGGACGCGGCAUGUCGAAACUAUGAGAGUGCAUAUGAUACAUUGUUUGGUCAAGAGGUCUUUGAGAACAUUGCGGGCUGGAACCCUAGAUUCAAUGAUGCACGUCUAUUGGGUGAUGCUCUUGCUAUUCGUAUAAUCCGUUGUUUACUAUGGACGAAACAAACCACCGCCGCGACCCGCUUUUGGGUUGACCACCGACUUCGCACAAAAGAUAUCGUAAACAGAAGAGGCAAAGGGAGCAAAAAUUACGGAUGGGAGGCAUGGGAAGCCCGGUGGUCAAUGGUCAUGGCUCAGAUGAUACGCCGGGCAGGCUCGUCACUUUCAUCACCGGGGGCUUCUACUGACAAGGGCCUAGAGGCACCUCUCAUCUACAGCGCACCCGAGAAAAUUAUCCCAACAACGGAACAAAUCAGCCCAUGGGAACAUCUGCAUCAUGAGGGAUACUGGCUACACCGCUCAGCUAAGCAUACCAUGCUUCGACGAGCACUUGCACAACUCAUCCCCGACGAGGACCGGGUAUCAACUGGCCAAUCACCUGCGUCCCAAAUGGCAAGCAAAUCAUACUUGUACGACACAUACCUUGCACCAGAGACAUGCAUUGAAUAUCCUCAACCAGGACAAAAAGGGUUUGAUCACUCGGAGUUGAUUAUCAGUACUCUGAAAGAUUCCCUUGAUGAAUUCUCCAAACAUGGUCAAACCCGAAAGGUGGAGCAGUUGAGCUUGGAACUUGCGGAGGAAUACAUGCGAAAUGGGUCAUGGACAGAAGCAUACAAUGUUCUCCAGCCCCGGUGGUCAUCUCUUACCUGGCGUCAGUCAGGAUGGUGGUCUCUGAUUGAGAAUUUUGGCUGGACAUUAAGAGAGUCUGCUCUCAAAAUCAACGAGCCUGAAACGGCGCUACGAGUAGACUGGGAGCUUCUUAAUAAAGCUUUCCCACCAAGGUCUGCAUCGCACUACGAUAUCCAUCAAAGCCUCAAGGAUGUUUCCAUUGAGAAGCCCAAACCGUCCGUCGUUCUACGAGCCGAGGAUGUGAUGACUGGCUUAACCGCAUCUGUUGUUUUCGAAAAGCCCGAUGGUAACGUUGGCGAGACGCUCCAAGCUCAACUUACCAUAACAUCUUGUGCCCAAAAAUCUUCAUCUCCGAUCAAGCUUUCCCAACUCAAACUCGUGUUCGAGGGAUGUCUUCGCCCUGUCAAACUUCAAUCCAAUCAGGAUCAAAGUUCCGACACAACAGCUCCGUGUUGCAUAUCGUCAAUAGCUUUACGGGAGCCUAGCAGCAUAGAAGACUCGAGCAUACAAUCUCCUACUAGUGUAUUACCUACUCUUGUCGGUAUUGCUGAUUUGACUAUCGGGCCUUCUCAAACAAAAAUCUUCAACCUCACGUGCAUCCCACGCGAGGCCGGAGAGGCACAGGUUGCUUCUAUAGCGAUGCUGGUCGAAGAAGAAAAGUUCGAUUUAACUUACGUGAUCACCGAACACAACACACGGGAAUCUUACUGGUGGCAUCAGACCCAGAAAGGACCGUCUCGGAGAAGAGUCGGAAAAGACCGAGAUACCGGAAAAUGCAAGAUUCUUCCAAAGCCGCCCAAGAUCCGUAUCUCUACACCGAAUCUCAAGAAAACUUAUUAUACCAAUGAACGGGUGGCCCUAAAGAUCAGCAUCCAUAACGAAGAAGACGAAGCUGUUGAUGUUUCGACCGAGGUUAGGUUAUUCGGACCUCCAGAAUCCACUACUCAUCUCAAAUGGCAAGAUGCAGAUGAUAUCGCUGAGCCUUUAUCAUCUGGGACAAGCUCUCCGAAUGCAGGCCCAUCUCAUUUCAUAAAGAGAGUUGUUGGAUCCAUGGAAAGCGGCACCUCACAGGAUAUUAUUGUUGUAUUGGGAGACACUCAAGAAGCCACGAAACAUACACUGGAGAUCACUACAUUGUAUAAUCUGGUUUCUGAUAUCCAAACGCCUAUAAUGAAGACCAUCGAUGUUGAGCUUUCUUUUAUUCGGCCCUUUGAGUCCAACUACGACUUCCUACCUCUCAUCCACUCAAAAUCGUGGCCCAACUUCUUUUCCGUCGAUGACGAUUCGGUUGGCGACACAUCUUCAGAUAGACCAAGUGGUCUAAUGCAAAGAUGGCGCCUCAAUUCCAAACUUGUCUCCUUUGCAUUAGAACCUCUUGUCAUUGAUCGAAUGUCCUUGAAGCUUCUAAGUUUGAGCGGUGGUGCUGUCUGCAAUCUCGAACCCGAGACCCUGGUAAGCGCAGAGACACCACAAAUCGCAGCGGAGGAGCUUCGCGAGUCCAAUUUCUGCCUGGAUCUCCAAAAGCUCACGCUUGGUGAUCGCCGCCCAUCAGCAGUCAACUUUGCCCUGGAAAUCGACUGGCAUCGUGCAUCUUCCACUGAAGACGACGAAAAUGAAACAACUACCACCACUCUCGAGGUUCCUCGCUAUGUAGUGCCUAUGGGUGAGCCCCGAGUGCUUGCCUCGGCGUCUCCAUCUACCGCUUUAUCAGGUUUAAUCCAAGUGGAUUACACACUCGAAAACCCAUCCACCCACUUCCUUACGUUCAACCUGAUGAUGGAAGCUAGUGAAAACUUCGCUUUCAGUGGACCCAAGACAACUGUUGUUCAAUUGGUACCUCUCAGUCGCCACACCGUACGUUACAAUCUCUUGGCCGCGAAACGGGGUCUGUGGAUCCAGCCCCAACUUGUCGUCGUGGAUACGUACUUCAACAAGACUUUACGAGUUCUUCCAACUGGUGAAAUGCGCUCAGAUAAGAAAGGUGUUUUGAUAUGGGUCGAUGCAGAGGAUUAG